AUGUAAAACACACACACACACUCACACACACACACACACACACACUCACUCACACACACACACUCUCUCUCAGCCAUAUCCUCUGCUGCUGCUCAGACAACUUUUGAAGACGCUGCGGUGGAGUGAAAACAACUCAUUUGGACUUUUUGGAGCUGGUAACUCGGAUGAAGGGCUCAUGUCUACUGUGUUCGUGAUGAUUGUGGAGCACACGGCAUGGAAAGGAACAUUGGAGACCAGCUCAACAAAGCUUUUGAAGCUUAUCGCCAGGUCUCCAUCGAAAAGGACAAUGCUAAAAAAGAGCUGCAGAAAAUGACUGACUAUUACGAGGGAUACACUCAAACACUUCAGAAGCAGAUAGAGGACCAGCAGCAGUUGAUUAUAAAACUUCAAGCUAAGUUGACAGCAACAAGGCAACCAUCAGCAGGAGAAAUGAAAUGUGAGCCCUGCAACCAUCUCCUCGAUGGGGCCAGUGCCUAUAGGAUAAAACAGUACCCGGAGAAUAUGGGCUCUGUUGCUCUUUCUUCUAAAUUACCAGUCAACAGCAACCUUGACUACAAGGACAUGCUGGAUGUAUUUGAAGUAAUUCAAGGGAAAUUUCGGCAGAUUCGGUCUCUCACACAAAGACAAAAAGAUCACCUGAAAAGAUUCCACGGAGGAAGUGAUGCAUCAAAUGAUCAGCAGUUCUCCAUGCCCAUCCAGUGCACAGACCGUACAGCAGAGGCAGGGAGACCCUUCCCCUCAGUGCUCACAUCAGCAGUGGAUAUCCCACCCCCGCCCACGUCUCUAGCGUCCCGCGGCACCAGCCCUGAGGACCGAGACUUAGUAGACUCUCUCACCAAACUUAGAGUCAAAUUCCCGCCCUCUGCAGACAGUGAAUAUGACUUCCUCAACAGUGCCCCAGACAGACACAUUGGUCUCACCAUGCCUCUGAAGCCACCGCUCAGUGGUGUCCCCUCCGCAAUGACAGAGGAGGAGCCCGUGGAACUGCCCAUGCCUUUUGUCUACCCUACGUCCCCCUCCCACUCAACAUCAUCUUCGCUCUCCCAGGAGAGUGUGCGGGGACCCCAGCAGCCUCUCUGGAGCCCUGAGCUGUGUGAUGCAGUUGACGUGGGGACAGAGCUGGCGACGCCUCAGAGCAGCAGUCCUGAUAAAUGCGCUUUCUGCAAUGCUGUGGUUCCUCAGGACCAAAUGAACAGCCACCUCUACUCGCAUUUCUCUCAUAAGAGUGAAGACGACAAUUGACAGUGUAAGCAGACUGAUGGGCCGAGGCCUUUACUCCUUCAAAGACUUUACUGUACUCAUGGUCUGCCUGACUGCCAGGAAGUACACGCGCUGUGCUGGAUUUGAAAAGACACUGCAAUAGGAUUUGAAUCCAUUUAUUUAAUAUUGAAGAAUUGAAUGGUACACUUCUUUACCCAUUAUAUUUUUUUAAUAUCUUGCUGAGAUUUUACUAAAGCAAGUGAUGAUGAUGCAUAAUAUGGUCUAUAUGAGCAAAUAAAACCGACAUUUACUCUUGCAA